GUGUGGUGAAAAAUCAUGUUUACAUACGACGAACAUCAAUAGCCAGCAAACGUUGAACGUCGAUAAAAACAACGAAAACAACACAAACCCGGCGAGAAAAACCGAAAUCCUCAGUCUUUCCGGAUCUGGGUCUGGUGGGGGUGGAGAGCGUUCCAUGAACCAUGAACUUAAACAACAACAACAACAACAAUCAUCCGCUGCACCCGUACCACCACGCCCCCAGCAGUCAGAGCUUCAGUGGCAGCAGUUUAGCAAACAACGCCUGCAGCAACAGCAGCAGCAGCAGCAAAAGUAACGACGGCACCAAUCAGCCACACGCCAUCAACAGCAAUGGACAGCAGACGCUGCGCGUCAGCCGCAGCAGUACCCGGAAAAAGCCGUUCCACUUCAUAUCCAGCAUGUGGAAGAUGAAGAAAAUCAUCAAGUUCGAGGACAUUAUGUUCCACCGCGAGAUGAAAUGCCGGGCCCGCUCGGAGCCGUCAGUGUCCACCUACAGCUGCACCGGCGGCAAAGGCUGCCAGCGGAAGUCGUCGCCAUCCUUCUCGAUGCUCAGCCUGUCGCCGGGCAAGUUUCAGAAAUCGGCCGACGAGCUGGAAGUGACGCGGCUCCGGUUGUCGCGCAACGACAAUCCGUUCGUGCAGAAGGUGCUCGCCAGCCGGGACAAUAUGGCGGACGUCAUCGACGACACCGAAUCGGACGAUGCCAUCCUGAUCCUGAUGUCCGACGACUUCAACGGUGAAGCGGAAACCGACCCGCUGGCACUGCCGCAGGUGCACGAGCACAUGAUCCGCUCGCCGCCGCCAACGUUCUGGCCCCGGGCGCCAAAAACUGUCUUCAAUUUCGAUGGGGCCGACGAAAAAGGACGCCGGCCCGAAGUGAAUGCCAGUGCGAGCGGGCGCCCGUCUUCGGUACUUGCGGAUCCACGGAAGCACCCAUAGUGACGACCGCACUCUCCUCGAAUAGCACGUACGCGCGAUCUUUCAGAGCAUCCCAGAGCCAUUAGAAUGAGUCAGUGAGAAUGACGGGCCCAGACACGGAGAAGGUUCCGCUGUUCCGUCGAAUGCUUGCGAGAACGACGAAAUGGGCUGCGGGCACGGGCGGAAGGAUUCUUAAGUUUCAAUUACCAGUACCAGCGUCCGAUACCCUGCUGAGGAAGCGUUCGUUCAUCUCCAACCGAUAACAAUAUGAAGAUUCCCGCACUAUAACUUGUUGCAUAGUUUAUUAGUGAAUAUAUAAAUAAUUUGUUUAAGAAAAACUUUAAAGAACACUCAUAACCAUCGCUGCUAUGUUAUCCUUGUACUUGCCAUGUACUUUGUUUGCGGUGUUUUUUCUCGAACAAUGCAGC